AGUGUGUGGACUUAAACACACAUUUUCUGAGAACAGUUUGCCGAUUUUUCGUGCCGCUAACAAAACAAACAAAAAAAGAUGAAAAAAAAAAAAAGAUCUGACAGUCUAUCAGUAUAAGCAAGUGCACGUGUGGCGUGCGUGUUCACUUUUGUGAGCAGCGCUGAGAGACCAGAACGAAGAUGGAUGCCGAGGAGACUGAUCUGGUAGCCAAUAAAAACUCUACCUGUGUUAUAUGGCGAUAUUUCGGAUUUGAGAUUACUGACACUGAGCAGAGAGAUGUACUGUGCAAGAUUUGCAAAAUUAAAGUCGCUACAUCACGUGGCAAUACGACAAAUUUAUAUCAGCACCUGAAACAGCACAGAGAAAAAUAUGAUGAAUGCAUGACGAUGAAAACCCAGAUUAGUAAAGAGACAGGUGAAGGAAACAAGGCACAAGCUGUUCCCCGAACAAAACAAUGCGCAAUUACAGAUGUGUUUGCAAGUCUCACGCCAUAUGAUAAGUCUUCGCAUAGACAUAAAGAAAUCACCGACUCCAUAACCCACUACUUGGCAAAAGACAUGACGCCCAUACACACCGUAAGUAAAGUGGGAUUUCAGAAAAUGAUCCGCACACUGGACAAGAGGUACCAGCUGCCCUCUCGAAACUAUUUCUCUCAAGUAGCGAUACCUAAACUUUAUAACUCGCGCCGUGACGAAGUUCAAAAGGAAAUGGCUUCGGUGACAUUCUUUUCAACCACUACGGACCUGUGGUCAAGCAGGACAAGUGAACCGUAUAUUAGCUUGACUGUGCACUGUGUCAACGAGGAGUUUGAAUUGAAAAGCCGCUGCCUUCAAACAUCGUAUUUCCCCGCCGACCACACAGAAGAGAACAUAGCCUUGGGCUUGAGAGAGGCACUGGCUGCGUGGGACCUCUGUGAGGAGCGUCAGGUCGCCAUCACUACAGACAACGGCACCAACAUUGUCAAAGCAGUGGAGCUUAAUCAAUGGACUAGAAUCCAGUGUUUUGGGCAUAGACUUCAUUUGGCCAUUGAAAAUGCUCUGAAAGAUAAUGCACAAUGCAUUAACAGAGCUACUGGGAUAUGCAGGAAGAUUGUGGGCCACUUCUCCCAUAGUUGGAAGAAAAGAGUGGCCUUGAAGGAAGCACAACAAGAGCUGAACCUCCCAGAGCAUGCCAUGGUGACAGACUGCUCAACACGAUGGGGUUCCACUCAGAAAAUGAUAGCAAGAGUCCUGGAGCAGCAAAGUGCGUUGUCCAAGGUUCUCUCUACAGACCGCAAAGUGCGACACCUACUCCCUUCAUGGCAGGACCUGGAGGUCUUGGAAUCUGUAAACAAGGCACUAAGCCCACUCCAGGACUUUACAGAUGCCUUAUCUGGUGAGAGUUAUGUGAGCAUAUCUUGUGUGAAACCUGCUCUGCAUCUUCUGAACACCUCAGUGCUGGCUGAAGACGAAGCAGACACUGAACUGACCAAAUCACUGAAAACAAAAAUCCUUAGCUACCUCAACAACAAAUAUGAAGGCACACAGGACUUGCUAAACUUCACCACUUUCCUAGACCCAAGGUUCAGAACUCAAUACAUCUGUGAAGAGGAGACCCAGACCUUGAAGGAACGAGCCAUCUCUGAAUUGAUAGAAAUUCACCAGCAGCAGUCUGUUGCCCAAAGCACUGCAGUGAUGGAGAAUGAUAGCCUGGAUGUGGAAAGUCCACCUGCUGCUAAAGCCAAGAAGAAAACUCUGGCCAGUUUCUUCAAGGAAACCACAUGCACAGCACCAAGAACAUCAUUGUCAUCCACAUUUGAUUCCAUGGCACAGUUUAGAGAAGCAGUGACCGCUGAACUCAAUGCUUACAUUUACAUGCCAUGUGUAGACCAUGGAGAAGAUCCACUGAAAUGGUGGAAGUUUCACAAAGUAAACUUCCCUAGGCUAUGCAAACUAGCACAGAAAUAUCUGGGCAUACAAGCAACAAGCUCUGCAUCAGAGAGAGCUUUUAGCACUAGUGGUAAUGUUGUGUCGAAUCAUCGCUCCUGUCUGAAACCAGAGAAAGUAGACAUGCUUGUCUUUUUGGCAAAGAACCUCUAAUGUGAUCAGUUUAACUGUUUAGAAAGAGGAUUUAAAAGUACCAGUUGGUCAUUUAAAAAAAAAAAAAAAAAGAUUUAGUGGUUUGACUUUGAACAACAAUUGUAUAUGCAGUUGUUGUUUUUUUUAUUUUCAGUAUGUUACCUCCUGCGUAAAUGUCCCUGUUUGUAUGGACAAAAUGUUUAAAAUAUCUUAUUUUUGUGAAAAUGUGUAUGUUUUUAUUUAUUGUUUUAUUUAAUUUAGCUAUAUAUUUGAGAAAAUAAGUUUACAUUAAUAAGAAUGUUAUUUCAUUUUCUAAAAAUUAUUUAUUUUGAAACCAUUUCUAGUUUUACAAAUACACAUUUCAGCAUUAUUACUAAUCUGUGUGUGCA